UUUAUAAAAUAUAAACAUUUUCUGUUUUAUUUCACGUUCAAACCUCGAGAAUCGAAGUACUCCUCACUCCAGUUUAAUGCUGACUACAAAUUACAAAUGACGUGCUUGUGAUCGUUUAAGCUGUUUGUGCAAGUUCUACCAUGAAGCUGCUGUUUAUUAUAUUUGCCAUCAUCACCUUGACUACUGGUGAUAAGAGAUGUCAUGGUGUCUAUUUCGAUGAUAAAUACUAUAACCUCUACAUAAUCAAGGAAGGAAUUCAUAACUUACAUGAUUUUGCCUACAACAAAAACGAUAAUACAAUAUACUUUACGUAUGAAACACUUUCGGAAAAACCCUUGCUUCUUCUUGGUUACUUUGAUGUAGGCACUCGUACAGUAGGAACUAUAAGUGGGAUAAGAAAUGCAACAUCCGUAACUAUUGACCAGUUUUAUGGGAAAGUAUACGUCGGUGGUGCCGACGGUCUCUACAAAAUAAACGACCAGAAGGUUCCAGAACGACUUCCAAUACAGGAGGAUGUGAAAAGCGUAUAUUUUAGAGAUGGACUGUAUUUUACAAACAGGAAACGAGAAGUGUACAAGUUUGAAGAUGGCUACGCUACUUUAGUUCCAGAGAUGCGAGGUGUAGAAGCUGAUAAAAUUGUCAUAGACGAUGACAGCAACAUGUUUUUCACGCAAAAUAAGAAGCUUUUUAGGAUCAAAAUGGGCACAAGAGCUAUUAAUACUCAUGAAAUGCAUACAGUUGAUGCGCUAACUACGGACAUUUACCAUAAGUCGUACAUUUGUACUGCCAAGGGAGUGUAUGUAUAUAAUAAGUACAAAUAUGUAUUUGACAAAGUUUCUGACAUUGCAAGGCUAAAGGCUCUUGCAUUUAGUAAGAUGAAUGAACCAAUUUAUGCAGUGGCUGAUUUAUUCGUUAGGUUAGAGUUGAGCCCUAUUGGUUGUUUUGAAGAUUAAGUAAUUAAUUCACAAGUUCGACGCUAAUUCAAAGCAGUUCAAUGGAAAUUAUUCGAUUAUGUAAAUCUAAAUAUAUUUAGAAUAGUGGCGUAGAAACGCGGUGAAACGGGUAGAAAUGUUAAAAGAAUUACUUUAUUAUAAAUUGUUGCACUAAAUUUUUUGUAUAGUUGUCAUAGUUUUCUAUUUAUAAUACUUCAAUUAUCUUGCAACGGUAAUAAUCAUUAACAGUCACAUAAAUAGGUUACCGAUAAUAAUUAUGCAUUUCUUGAUAAAGGUACAAGAAAAUUAUUAUUAAGCAGAAGAAUAUAUUUUUCUAUACACCCCUCGAUUUUUGUGGAUAAACUUUUGUUAUUCAGACAUUAUUUGUUAUAACUAAGGUUAUAACAUGAAUUAAAAAUUAUAUGCCAAAGCCAGGUUUACAAUUAGUUUUACUUUGUCGUAUUAUUUAUCUCUAUUAUAUUUUCUUUAACUUAGUUUUCUGUGUUCGUAGCUUAGGUUCGUAGUAAUAUAUUUUAAGUAGGUAUAUUUAGCACGUAAGUUAGCACGUGUACAUUUAUUAUUUAAAAUUUUUAUGCAAAAUAAAUGUUGACAGUAAUAAUUGGUGAUAUUAAUUAUUCUAAAAUUCGCGGUGCUAUAGCACACUGUUUUGAGAGUGUCUAUGUGCAUAUUGUAAUAAUUGUUAUUGCCAAAUGAUUACAAAAGAGAUAAUAUAAAAUUAAUAAUUAUUGUGUAUUGUUUAUGAAGCAGAAAGACCCUCAAAUCAUAGACAAUACAGGAAGCAGAAAUAAUAUUUAAUUUUCAUCAUGUUGGCAAGAUAUAAACACGGAUCCUGCUUCCGCUUACAAUUAAAAAUUUAAAAUAUGGAAAACAAAAUAUUGUUACCUAUGUUAUAUAGAAUUAUGUUAAGUUAAGUAAUGUAUAAAAUAAAAAAAGAUUUAAUCUGUUACAAUAAAAAAACAUUUUUAGAAC